CUCCGGGGACCGGGGACCGAGGACCUCCGAGGACCUCCGGGGACCUUCGGGGACCGAGGACCUCCGGGGGUCUUCAGUUCUUCUCUCCAUGAUAUUUCCUCCAACAUCGGCCUCAGGACAAACCUGUGAUGAGCGCUGAAGCCUGCAGGAGGCGCUGACGGACUUGAAUCUGAGGACGUUUCCUUGUUGGAGCAGCAGGUGUGAAGCUGAGGCCUGGACCCGUGAGGGGCUGAACCUCCGGCGAGGAAUGUGUCCUGCAGGCCGACACACGUCCUCCUGCCGUCGCCUCAACAGAUCCCACACGUCUUCCUGCAGUCGGCCUGAGCGACUCUCUGCUGGAGGAGAUGAGAGGAUACCGAGGCAUCAAGUACACGCUGUUCGUGUGCUGCUACGUCUUCUGGGUGAGUGUCCGUCCAGACGCUCCUCACUGCACAGGGUCAUCGGAGGUCCGGGACCAGGAAGUUCUGGUCGUGAGCGCCGUCCUCAUCGCCGUGGGGAUCUACGCGAAGAUAGCCAAGGAGAAAGAUGUGGUCGACACUCUGACGUUCGAUCCAGCUCUUCUGCUGAUCGUCGUUGGCUCGGUGAUGUUCCUCAUGACGUUCCUCGGAUGUUGCGGGGCGCUGCGUAACGCCCCCUGUCUGCUGAGGACGUUCCUGGGGAUACUGGUGGUCGUCCUUCUGCUGCAGAUCGCUGCUGGAGUCGUGGGAUAUCUCUUCACUGACAUGGUGAUGGAGAGGACGGAGAGGCUGAUGAUGAAGGCCAUCGUCCGAUACAGGGAGGACUGGGACCUGGAAAAUGCCAUCGACUUCGUCCAGAAGAAGUUUCAUUGCUGUGGCGUCGACGGCCACAGGGACUGGUCCCAGAACAUCUACUUUGAGUGUUCAGAAACCAACCCCAGUCUGGAGGCCUGUGGCGUUCCCUUCUCCUGCUGCGUUCACCUGCAGAACCAGACGGUGCUGAACACCAUGUGCGGUUAUGGGAUGCAGCAGUUGGACGAGCGUCCGGCGGCUCAAGACGUCUUCAUCGUUGGAUGUCUGGAGAAAACCGUGCGGUGGGCGAAGAACAACCUGCUGCUGGUGGCCGGUCUGACGGGCGGCCUGCUGCUGCUCGAGGUCCUCAUGAUCAGUCUGGCCGCGGCUCAGACGUCCUGGAUAAAGAAAGUCCGACGGCAGACGACAGAAAGCGCAGAGAGAAGCAGGUUGGAGAGGAAGGACAGUCUCUGGUAUCCUGCGUUUGCAAACUUCGACGACGAAUGAUAUCGACUUGUGAGUCGUCAUGGAGACGGAUCAUAAAAAUCUCCAACGACGAGACGUGAACGUCGAUCAAACAGAGCAGCGCUCGUCACAUUUUAAAUUCACAGAACUUCUACCUCAGGUCAAAUCUUCUCUCAUCAGAACUGAACAGCUCUUUCACUGGUUCCUUAGAAUAUUCAUCACCGUCAUGAAUCAUCGAAACAGAUUUAUUUUUAUAUCACAAGAAGCUGUGAGUUGAGGAUGAAUUUUAAGUAUUUUCUAUAAUCAAGCUUCAUGUAUUUAUUCCUCAGUCGCUCACUGCAGGUUGUUUAUACAGUUCACCGGGCUCAGACCACAGACUGUGAAUAAAGAUGGACGACAUGACAGCUCCUCUAAACUGGAGCCAAAUCCUCAUGCUCGCCCCCUGGUGUCCGGCUGAAGUUCAGGUCAUAAGCCACGCCCCCAGGUGUCUGGCUGCAGUACAGGUCAUAAGCCACGCCCCCUGAUGCCUGGCUGCAGUACAGGUCAUAAGCCCUGCCCCCUGGUGUCCGGCUGCAGUACAUGUCAUAAGCCCUGUUUUACAGGUUCUAACCUGUGGUUAAAGACAGUUCAGUGAACUGAAGUCAUGAACAGAACGAUCUCGUCCGGUGCUUUGAUUUUCAUGUUCAGAAGCGUAUUCAUUGUUUCUCCAUGUUCUUCGCCUUCGGAUGUUGUGAUUCUCUCUCUGUUUGUUGAAUCCUCGUUCCUUCCUUAAACCAAUAAAACCUCCACUGUG